GAGCUGGAUCCUGCCGCGGAAGGCGAAUCUUUCCAGCUUCAGGAUCUAUCACCAUUACGCGAGUCGAGAGAGCAAGCUAGAAAACGGCUUGAAGGGCAGCUCCGCAAGCAACGCCGUGACGACGAGAAAUUUUUCGCCAGGCUCGACCAGGCGGAGAGCGGUAUGAAGUUCUCUCAUAGCAUCCAGUUCAAUGCCGUGCCUGACUGGAGCUCGCACUACAUUGCCUAUUCAAAUUUGAAAAAGAUGUUUGUUCUCCUUUGCUGUUUCCCCUUGCUUCCCCUUCGUUGUUUUUCUGGGGUCUGAGAUUUUCGACUGACCCCCUGAGCAGCAUCUACCAGCUGGAGAAGAGUGUCGUCCGAGCUAGCUCGCGAGAUGACACCGAGGCCUCCGCCCUCAUUGCGAGGGAGCCUGCUGUCGAUACGGAUUUGGUUUAUCGACGGACACUCGACCAUGAGCUUGAGAAAAUCUCCUCUUUCUAUAAUCUUAAGGAGGAUGAGCUUCUCCGGGAGGUCUACGAACUUUCUACGGACGCCAAGACCUUCGAGGAAGGGAGGGAUGCCGAGAGUGUGACCGAUCCCCAACUUAGUGGGGAGGGCAGCAGGAGGAGGCACAGUUUAGGCGGCCUGAGUGGAAUCUUGCGAACGAGGAGCAGUCUUGAUGAGCCCACCGAUCGAGAAGAUGAAACGGAUGAUGAUGAGGGGGAAGAGGAGCAUCAAUCUGGACCUGGGGCUGCAUUGUUGUCCAAGCUGAAGAGGGGUAAGGGUCGGGGUAGCAAUAUGGAGGGCUCACACACUAGUCAUGCAUCGGACGGUGGAUUAUUUCAGCGACGCGCAUCACAAAACUUUGAUGAAUAUCACGGAUAUGCUGUAAGUGACUUGUGCGACAAACGAGUUAUGCUGAAGAAACGGGCUACUUCGUUAUUCGUUGCACUGAGAGAGCUGAAGAGUUUCGUUCAGCUCAAUCGGACUGGGUUUGUGAAAGCGUUGAAGAAAUACGACAAGAUUCUCAACAGGAGUCUCAAGUCACAGUAUAUGCAGAGUGUGGUGGAGCCCUGCUAUUGCUUCCGACCCGAAACCACAGCAGAGCUGGACAAGGCUAUUGGAAAAGUCGAGGAAAUAUAUGCAUCGCUUGUCACGGGUGCGGACUUGGAUGCGGCGAAACGAGAGCUUCGAUUGCAUCUUCGUGAACACGUUGUUUGGGAGCGUAAUACGGUAUGGAGGGAGAUGAUUGGUAUUGAGAGGAAAGCCCAGGCCGCCAAUAUGGGAAUUCGACGGACGUUGCUUGGCGAUACCACGGAUCCAACAAGGUCGCGGCUAACGGGUGACGAGCCUGAGGUAUCUACAACCAAGGAAUUGGAGACACCAGUUGGAAGGAUAAAGUAUUCUACUUGGGUGUUUAGUGGCGGAUUCUUCGUUCUUAUGGUGGUUUUGCUCGUUUUCACGCUCCUAUUGCUCGUCCCCAUAUUCCCUUCGCCGGAGCAGCAGAAUUGCCUCGCGAUGCUAGUGUUUGUGUCCCUCCUAUGGGCUACUGAGGUAUUUUAUCUACUGAAGGCUAGGGGUAUAAUGGGGUUGGGUGUUAAUUUAUUUACUUUUAGGUUAUCCCGCUCUUUGUGACAUCGCUUCUUGUUCCGUUCUUGGUGGUUCUUCUUGGGGUUGCGCGCUCGGACCAGAAGCCGCAUCUUCGACUGGAGACGAAGGAAGCUACCAGAUAUAUUUUCUCGGCCAUGUGGACCCCUGUAAUUAUGUUGCUACUCGGCGGAUUUGCGAUUGCUGCCGCCUUGAGCAAGUACGGGAUUGCAAAGAUGCUAGCCACCGUCGUAUUAAGCAAAGCCGGGACUAAGCCCAGGACCGUUCUGUUGACUAACAUGUUUGUGGCUAUGUUCGCGAGCAUGUGGAUUAGUAAUGUUGCAGCUCCAGUUUUGUGCUUUUCUAUCAUUCAAGUAAUCGCCCUUGAACCCCCUGGUCUGCUUUGGGUAUUCAUGCUGACUGGUUUGGACUUUAGCCUAUGCUGAGGAACCUGCCUUCGGAAUCCAGGUUCUCCAAAGCGCUCAUCUUGGGUAUUGCUUUAGCGUCAAACAUUGGUGGUAUGGCCUCACCGAUCGCGAGUCCACAGAAUAUUAUUGCUUUGCAGAACAUGCGACCAGCUCCUAGCUGGGGCGCUUGGUUCUUUGUGGCAUUGCCGGUCUGUGUUUUGUCUGUUCUCGUGAUAUGGGUAUUACUCUUGAUAUCGUUCAACCCUGGCAGGGGAACAACCAUUGUUCCUAUCCGACCUGUGAAGGACAAAUUUUCUGGUGUGCAAUACUUUAUAUCCUUUGUCACCAUUGCAACCAUCAUUCUGUGGUGUUUCUCACAUCAGCUUGAGUAUGUGUUUGGGGAUAUGGGUGUUGUUGCCAUUAUUCCCCUUGUCCUCUUCUUCGGAACCGGCAUCCUCACCAAGGAAGAUUUCAACAAUUUCCUGUGGACCAUCAUAAUCCUUGCCGCUGGUGGGCUAGCCUUGGGCAAAGCUGUAAACAGUUCGGGGCUCUUGCAUACCAUCGCACAGGCUAUCAAGGAGGAGACACAGGGUAUGGGUCUUUAUGGAGUGCUCGUCGUGUUUUGCGCCCUGAUCUUGGUCAUCGCAACGUUUAUCAGCCAUACUGUUGCCGCACUGAUUAUUCUGCCAAUUGUUGCCCAGGUUGGCGCAAGCAUGGAAGACCCACACCCGAACUUGCUCGUUAUGGUAUGUCUCGUCAUGAUUCCCAUCACCUAUCAAGAGCUCGAUGAAGUAACUGAUUGGAUAGGGCGCGGCUUUGAUGUGCUCUGCUGCAAUGGGCCUCCCCACCUCUGGCUUCCCUAAUAUGAGUGUGUACAUUCUUGUCCUUUUGGGUUAGUUAUUUGUAUGCUGACUUGGAGAAAAGCGGCGAUCAUGAUGGAGAAUUCACAGACGGGUCAACGAUACUUGAGGGUCCAGCACUUUAUCAGUCGGGGUAUCCCGAGCAGCGUGUUCUCGUUUCUAAUCGUCGUUUCAGUGGGCUAUGGCUUGAUGCUCAUCGUUGGGUUUUGAUGAGGCGGAUUUCCGGGCUCGCACGGGUUCUCUACAUUUUUCUGUCCUCAGUUCACAGAGGUGUGUGUGCAUCGAUUCAAUUUCUACGUUGUGUGUAUUCCCGAGCGAGCCGGACCCAAGAAAUUUUUGUCCUCUGCUCGUUUUUAUUUGCCCCUUUUUUUGUUGCUUGUAUAUCUUGGAUUCUGUGGUCAAGACUGGGUUUCUUUUGUUUUUAUUUUUAUUUUUUAGUUUAGCGUUGCAUCAGACGGUUGGGGUGUAUUGUAUGCUAUAAAAAGGCAUUUUCUUCUUUCUCGGGGAU